AUGGCUUCCCAGGACCUCCAGUGGCUUCUUGUCCGCAACAACUCCAGCUUCAUCGUCAAGCAGAAGGGUAUCGGCCGCAUCUUCUCCCGCGAGCCCCGUAACCUCGUCCAGCUCCACAGCUACAAGUACUCUGGUCUUGUUAAUGCCAAGGCUGUCGGCAUUGAGGCCGCCAAGUCUGGAAAGGGUGUCGUUAUUACCACCAAGAAUGCCAAGCAGUCCUCUUCCGCCAUCAAGAAGACCGUCAACGUCGCCACCCUCAAGAAGGGCGGCGGACGUCGUACUGCCGGUGCCGUCUCCAACGUUGUUGCCAAGAAGGGCUACCGUGCUGACCUGACCCGAGCUGCUGUCAUCCGUGCCUCCGCUCUCCUCCGCUCGCAGCGCGGCCGCAAGCAGCCCCCUGCCCGUAGGGUCCGUGGCACUGGCGCUCGCAAGGUCGUCAAGGUCGAGGAGCCCGUCGCCUAA